AUGCCAAUGUCACCGGCGAUCCGCAUUGCUCCUUCGCGUGCAGUAAGGGCUCUCAAUCUCCUUCGAACCGUACAAUACACGCAUCCCCCAUCAUGCCCUUGCCAUUCGAACCCCAAUUACCAUCAAUCGCCGUCUACUGUCCAGCAAGCACGCCGACAUCUCGCCACACCGCUAGAUCAUUCGCAACAAAAGGAAUAUGCAUUUGAGAUGGCAGCAUCUAGCAUCCGCUUUGGGCCAGGAUGUACAAAGGAAGUCGGUAUGGACUUUAAGAACAUGGGCAGCAAGCGCGUCAUGGUCGUCACGGACCAAACUGUAAGAAAGCUGGAUGCGAUGAAGCAGGUCGUCGAAGGACUUGAACGCGAAGGAGUAACAUAUGAAAUCUUCGACAAGGUCAGAGUGGAACCAAAGGAUCACAGCAUAAGGGAGGCCAUUGAUUUUGCGAAGCCAUGGAGGCCGGACGCCUUCCUCGCUGUUGGUGGAGGUAGUGUGAUCGACACUGCCAAGCUGAUGAAUCUCUACACCACCUUUCCCGAAGCAGACUUCUUGGACUUUGUCAACGCACCAUUGGGCAAGGGAUUACCUAUUCCUUCAAAGCUCUUCCCCCUCAUCGCAGUCCCUACAACUGCAGGAACUGGUUCUGAGACUACUGGUACCGCAAUCUUCGACCUGGUCUCCAAGCGGGCAAAGACUGGCAUCGCACAUCGCAACCUGAAGCCCACUCUUGGAAUAGUAGAUCCGAUAAACACACGCACCAUGCCCUCAGCUGUCCAUGCGUCUUCGGGUCUUGAUGUCCUCUGUCACUCUCUGGAAUCCUGGACCGCGAUACCAUACUACGAGCGCACUCCCCGACCUACCAACCCCAUCAACCGACCCGCAUACCAAGGCGCGAAUCCCAUUUCCGACAUAUUUUCUCUCAAGGCUCUGAGAGAUACUGUCAAAUAUCUGCCCCGUGCCGUCAAAGACCCCGAAGACCAUGAGGCCCAGUCACAAAUGCUCUUAGCUGCAACCCUUGCUGGUGUUGGUUUCGGUAAUGCAGGUGUUCAUCUCUGCCACGGGAUGUCAUACCCUAUUUCAGGCCAGAACCCAGGGUACAAGCACGCUGGCUACGAGGUUGACCACACCAUCAUUCCGCACGGAGUUAGUGUCGCAGUAACAGCACCGGCAGUAUUCAAGUUUACCGCCGCAUCGAACCCAGAGCGCCACUUGGCCGCAGCCGAAGCCUUUGGCGUAGACAUUUCAAAUGUCAAGGCAGAGAGUGCUGGAGAGGUAUUGAGUGAAGCAUUGGCAGAGUUCUUGAUUAAGCUCGGCGACCAACCCCGAGGAUUGAAGGCACUUGGUUUUGGUUCAGAGCAUUUGGAUCAGCUGGUCGAAGGCACAAUUCCCCAGGCAAGAGUAUUGAUGUUGGCGCCAACUCUGGAGACCCAGAAUGUGGAUGCGGAGAGGGAGCAAUUGCGGGGUCUGUUUGAAGAGGCGAUGGAAUACUAA